AUGGUGAAUGGAGAACUCACGGCCGGAGAGCUUGAGCUUCCUGAUGUUGGAGUGACCGGAAGGUCAAAAGUUCAUUUUGGCCCACAGUACACGGUUCACAUCAUCAAUGCUAUGCUUACCGAGAAUUUCACGUUUCAUUGCAAAUCCAAGGACACUGAUCUUGGUUCGCACGUUGCUGAGCCGGCUGAGGAUUAUUAUUUUACGUCCUUAAAGCAAUGCCUAACGCUGUGGCCAAUGUCUCAUUUGGGUUUCCAUUGA